UCCGUUCGGAAUCGGCAUCCUCUGCUCCCCACAUGACUUGCGUCUCUCGCGGCGCGCCAGGAUUUCCAACAACUUCGCACCCAUACGCUAUUUAUUCCCCCUUGCCGUCGCCGGCCGGCCGGGCCAUCCACCAACGCCCGCCGGAGAAGAGGCAGAAGGUCUGCCGCAAUCUCGGGUAGCCAGCCGUGCAUAGCUAAGGCCUCAGGAGUAAUCGACCGUACGCUGCUAAAGGAGGGGCAAAGCAAAAAUGUGUGUCCAGAGGGGUGGAAACCCCCCAGGCAUCUUAGAUGGGCUCUAUGGCGUGCAGAUUGUUCGUCGGCCGCCACAGGCACCGAGCAAAGGCGAAGCUGCCCAGACCAGCUUCACCGAUUCGCCAACUUGUGAACACCAAAAUGGCGGUGGAACAGUCACACAACAACAUCAAAGACUGCUGAUACGACGACUGUGGCAGCAAAGGCCCUCAUGCUUGAAGCCCAUCCACUGUAGCAUCACAUGUGACAAGCAUGCCGGUGAAACUUUUGCAAAUGUUGUCACCUCUCUGCCCUUCAUCGUCCUUGGACUGCAGACACCGAGGAAGAACUUGAACGCUGCCAUCUACGCCAACUCGCUGGUUGGAGUAGGAAUAGCUUCCGGCCUGUAUCAUUCCUCCCGAGGAGAGAUCAGAAAAAUCCUGAGAUGGGCCGACUAUACUAUGAUUGCCACCACUACGCUGUGUUUAUCCAGGGCAGUUAGGAAUGAGAACCCAGGACUACUGAUGGCAGCAUCAACAUUGCUGCUGCCGUUUCAGCCUUUCAUGGUUUCAGCUGUCCACACCGGAAUGAUGGAGGUUUCCUUCGCAAAGAGAGCAUCAGUUGAACCAGAGCUCAGAACCGUACAUAACCUGCACAAGAUGUCAUCUCUUUUGGGAGGUGCGCUGUUUAUUGCCGACGAUUACUUCCCAGAGACCCCCUAUAUCCAUGCUGCAUGGCAUCUUGCUGCUGCUAUUGGCAUUGGCACAUGCAAUAAGCUUCUCGGGUGACACUGGAACCAACCCUGCUGCUAUCAACGAAUAGCUGAUUUCAAUUUAUCCAGAAGGAGUUAGAUUCAGCAACUAUCAACUUGCCGAUAUAAAAAACGGUGUACAGAAUAGGUUACAUAGAAGAGAGAACAGGAGCAUUGUUCAAAUUGAUACCAGAAGAAUGCUUUCGUAUCUCUCAGAAAGAUUUAGCAAGGAAAAUGAGACGAACUAGGUCA